CUCCACAUGGGAGACAGAGGAAGGGCUCAGGGGGAUGGCACCAAGGUGGGAGUUGCCACUUUAUUGGGGCCGGGCGAAGGGGACAGGGAGGUUCUGCAGCCAGCUUGAGUCAGUCCAGCGUGGAAGGGGUUAAGACCAGUGAGCGUGUGUGGCUGUUAAUGAUUGCUCCCCACCCAGGGACCUGCCACAAUGAAAGACGGAACACAUUUCGGCACCCAGUGACCGGCCAGGUCCCGGAGGAAAACAAAAAAUUUGACUUAAAAAUAUUGGCCUUGGACAUGUCCAGUAAAACAGGUGGGAAACGCCCUGCUAUCACCAACAGUGACACAGCCAACCACAACAUGGUGUCUGAGGUCCCUCCAGAGCGGCCCAGUGUCCGGGCGACUCGGACAUCCCGCAAAGCCAUCGCCUUUGGCAAGCGGGCACACUCCAUGAAGCGGAACCCCAGUGCCCCUGUCACCAAGGCAGGCUGGCUCUUCAAGCAGGCCAGCUCCGGGGUGAAGCAGUGGAACAAGCGCUGGUUUGUGCUGCUGGACCGCUGCCUCUUUUACUACAAAGAUGAGAAAGAGGAGAGCAUCCUGGGCAGCAUCCCCCUCCUGAGCUUCCGAGUCGCGGCUGUGCAGCCCUCGGACAAUAUCAGCCGGAAGCACACAUUUAAGGCCGAGCAUGCCGGCGUCCGCACCUACUUCUUCAGUGCCGAGAGCCCCGAGGAGCAGGAGGCCUGGAUCCAGGCCAUGGGGGAGGCUGCCCGGGUACAGAUCCCUCCAGCCCAGAAGUCUGUGUCCCAACCUGUGCGUCACAGCCACGAGAAGCCAGACUCCGAGAACAUCCCACCCGGCAAACACCGCCAGCAGCCCCCGCACAGCAGCCUCCCCAAGCCCGAGCCGGAGGCCAAGACUCGAGGGGAGGGUGAUGGCCGGGGCUGUGAGAAGGCCGAGCCGAGGUCGGAGAAGCCGGAAGUCAAGAAGGAGCCUCUGGUGAAAGCCAACGGCAUCCCAGCCGGACCCGAGCCGGGCUCAGAGCCGGGCAGCCCUUACCCCGAGGGCCCCAGGGCUCCAGGGGGCGGGGAGCAGCCGGCCCAGCCCAAUGGCUGGCAGUACAGCUCCCCCAGUCGGCCAGGGAGCACGGCUUUCCCGCCUCAGGACGGAGAGAAUGCGGGGCACCGGCAGAGCUUCCCACCACGCAACAACCCGGACAAAAUUGCCCAGCGCAAGAGCUCCAUGAACCAGCUGCAGCAGUGGGUGAACCUGCGCCGAGGGGUGCCGCCCCCCGAAGACCUUCGGAGCCCCUCCAGGUUCUAUCCCGUGUCCCGCCGGGUCCCUGACUAUUACGGCCCCUACCCCUCCCAGUACCCCGACGACUACCAGUACUACCCUCCAGGGGUGAGACCCGACAGCAUCUGCUCCAUGCCCGCCUUCGAUCGGAUCAGCCCGCCCUGGGCCCUGGAGGACAAGCGCCACUCCUUCCGCAACGGGGGCAGCCCCGCCUACCAGCUGCGCGAGUGGAAGGAGACGGCGGGCUACGGCCGGCAGGACGGCCCUGUCUGGAUCCCCAGCCCCUCCCGGCAGCCAGUUUACUACGACGAGCUGGACGCCGCCUCGGAAAAUAUACGAACUUUUAAAACGAUUCUGACUUGAUCCAUACAUGCUUCGCGAACUCAGGAAGGGAAAUGGGAUCAUCUGGUCACUGGAGCUGUGGUUAUUUGAAACGCCCGCUUUGAGCGGCUGCCGCCCCGCAGCGAGGACAUCUACGCAGACCCCGCCGCCUACGUGAUGAGGCGAUCCAUCAGCUCCCCCAAGUAUGAUUACCUGGGAGACAGGCGGCCAGUCCCUGCAGGACUGUUCCCCUACAACUACCCACCAUCCCCCACGGUCCACGAUAAGAUGGAUGAACUUUUAGAUCUUCAGUUGCAAAGAAACCUAGAGUAUUUGGACCAGCAGAUGAGUGAGAGCGAGACUCUCAUCAGUAUGGUGAACCGCAUGGUGGAGAACUCCUCCCCCAGGGCCCAACUCUUCGUGCAAGUCCCUCCGUACCCAGAAGUGUUCCGGGACGGCCUCCACACCUACAAGUUAAACGAGCAGGACACGGAUAAGCUGCUGGGCAAGCUGUGUGAGCAGAACAAGGUGGUGAGAGAGCAGGACCGGCUGGUGCAGCAGCUCCGAGCAGAGAAGGAGAGCCUGGAGAGCGCUUUGAUGGGGACUCACCAGGAGCUGGAAAUGUUUGGAAGUCAGCCUGCCUACCCUGAGAAGCUGCUGCACAAGAAGGAGUCCCUGCAAAAUCAGCUCAUCAACGUCCGGGUGGAGCUGUCGCAGGCGACCACGGCGCUGACCAACAGCACCGUGGAGUAUGAGAACCUCGAGUCCGAGGUCUCUGCCCUGCACGAGGACCUCUGGGAGCAGCUCAACUUGGACGUCCAGAAUGAGGUGCUCAACCGGCAAAUCCAGAAGGAGAUCUGGAGGAUCCAGGACGUGAUGGAGGGGCUGAGGAAGAACAACCCGUCCCGGGGCACGGACACCGCCAAGCACAGAGGAGGACUUGGGCCCUCGGGGACCUACAGCUCCAACAGCCCAGCCAGCCCUCUCAGCUCCGCCAGCCUCACCAGCCCCCUGAGCCCCUUUUCACUGGUGUCCGGCUCUCAGGGGUCCCCCACCAAGCCGGGGUCCAAUGAGGAACCUGGCCCACCUCGGCCGCCCCUCCCCAAAGCCUACGUCCCCCUGGAGUCACCUCCCACCGUCCCUCCACUCCCUAGCGAGAGCCGCUUCUGGCCAUACCCCAGCUCCCCUUCCUGGCACCGCAGUGGCGACACAGCCAGGGGUCAGCCCAAGGCAAGCUAUGAGCAAAACAAGAAAGAUCCCCACCAGACAUCACCCCUGGAUACCCCCAGGGACAUCAGUCUGGCGCCCACCAGACAAGAGGUGGAGGUGGAGAAGCAGGCAGCUCUCAACAAAGUUGGCGUUGUGCCCCCUCGGACAAAGUCCCCCACCGAUGAAGAGGUGACCCCUUCAGCAGUGAUGAGGAGGACGGCCAGUGCGCUCACCGAUGGGCUUUCCUCCCGGCAGGAGCGCCCCAAGAGCGCCGUGUUCCCCAGCGAGGGCAAGGUCAAGAUGAGUGUGGAGGAGCAGAUUGACAGGAUGCGGAGGCACCAGAGCGGAUCCAUGAAGGAGAAGAGGAGGAGCCUGCAGCUCCCAGCCAGCCCGGCCCCGGAGCCCAGCACCCGCCCCUCCUACAAAGUGGUGCGGCGACACCGCAGCAUCCACGAGGUGGACAUCUCCAACCUGGAGGCGGCCCUCCGCGCAGAGGAGCCGGGCGGCCAGGCCUAUGAGACACCGCGCGAGGAGAUCGCCCGGCUGCGCAAAAUGGAGCUGGAGCCCCAGCACUAUGACGUGGAUAUCAGUAAGGAACUCUCCACCCCCGACAAAGUGCUCAUCCCCGAACGGUACAUUGACCUGGAACCAGACGCACCCCUGAGCCCCGAGGAGCUGAAGGAGAAGCAGAAGAAGGUGGAAAGGAUCAAGACACUGAUCGCCAAGUCCAGUAUGCAGAACGUGGUGCCCACCGGCGAGGGGGACUCUGUGGACGUGCCCCAGGACUCAGAGAGCCAGCUGCAGGAGCAGGAGAAGCGGAUUGAAAUCUCCUGUGCCCUGGCGACCGAGGCCUCCCGCAGGGGCCGCAUGCUGUCUGGUGAGAGGGGCCGGGCCUCGCUCCGCCAGGGAGACCGGCUGACCCGCUGUAGGGGAGGAAGCCAGCACUGCGAGGGGGACAGGGACAGAGAACACAAGGCCAAGGGCCUGGUCCUCAGGGUCAGGGUAUGCACUUAUUGAGCACCAGGUACUGUGCUAGGCUCAGGGAGUGCAGAGGGGCCCAGAGCCGCGAGGACCCUCACAUGGAAUGGUCAGAGGCCAGUGGCGAGCACAGCGAGUCAUCAUGCCCUGGCUGGUCAGGGAAAGGGGAGAGAAAAGCUGAUGGACCCGGCUUGCUUGGGAAAGAUGUGAGUGUCUACCGGCUGUGGAGAGCGAGAGGGUCAGGCAUUCCAGGCACCCUUUCGCUUCCCAUUCUGGCUCCAUGCGAGAGGGGAAAUGUAAGGAGAACUCAGAGAGAGCAGCCAAGGAGUUGAGUCGCAUAAUCACCAUUUGGCCUUCGAGCCAAAUCCACUUUCCUGCUGAGCAAGAUGAAAAGGAGGAAGUGGCUUCCCACCUGCACGAAGGUCCCCGGUGGAAGUGACAGGGUUGCAGUCAGCAGGACUCAUCGCUGCAGGGUGGCAGACAGCAUCGUGGAGUAGGUGACGGCUUUGCAGGGUGAAGUAGGUUUCCCGUGAGGGAGGGUCGGCAGAGGGGCACAGCGGUUAAGUCGCGGACCCUGGAGACUGUCCCUGCCCAGGCACGGCGGGGACGUGGAAGGCCACUGCUAAGAGAAGUGACACCACAGGAAGCCCAGGCUGAGGGGCUGUAGGUAGAGGAGAGAGACCCAAGUGAGCAGGCACAGAAGAGGAGGCAGCACACAGGUGCGACCCAUGCCAGGACUCAUUAAAGGAGUGGCUGCUCACAGUGGUGAUAAAGGGAGGUUCAGAUUCUGCCCCUCUGAGGCUCUGUUUCCUCACCUUGUAA